AUGGCUCAGCACGGCGGGAGAAAGUCCACGAAACGGAAGCAGGUUGAUGAAGAAGAACAUCCACAAGAUUUGCCGCGCAAUGGUGCCCUAGAAAUGCUCACCGACGAAGAGGACGCCGGAGACGCCUCCUCGGACGACGGUCAGGUCGACAAAUUUCCAGAGAUUGUCGCGGAAAGCGACAGUGACAAUAGCGAACUCGGAGAGGAAUCCGACGGCGGCGAUGGAGAGGAAGAAGACGAAGAGGAGGAAAGCGACGACGACACCGAAUCCGACGACUCUCUUCACGUCUUUCCGCAAGCAAAAGUCGUAAUAUCCGACAUUACAAAACAACUCAAAACCGUCUACCCUGAAAUAGAACCAGACUAUGACUCGGAUUCCUCGACAGAGGAUCCUCCAAAUCGUGUAGGAAAUAUUCCUAUGCAUUGGUAUGACGAUCUGCCACAUGUUGGAUACGACAUGAAUGGAAAGCAAGUUCUACGGUCAGCCCGUGGAGAUGAACUCGACAAGUUCUUGGCUACAGUCGACGAUUCUUCAGCAUGGACUUCUGCGUUCGAUAAAAACACUCAGUCAGAUAAACCUCUGACUCCCGAGGAACUCGAUCUUAUCCGCCGACUAUACGCUGGCGAAAACCCUGAUGCAACUUAUGACCCAUACGAGCCGACUGUAGAGUGGUUUACUGGUGAAGGGAAGCAAGAGAUUAUGCCUCUAUCGGGAGCCCUCCAACCGAAACGCCGGUGGGUUCCAAGUAAAUGGGAAAGGCAGAAGAUCAUGAAAAUCGUGCGGGCAAUACGUCACGGUCGCAUUCUUCCUUCAAAAACGAAAUCCACAUCGAAAUUCGAGCCAUACGCUAUUUGGUCGGAACCUUCGUCCUCGCAACCUCCGCCUCUACCAGCACCUAAACCGCGCCUUCCUACCAACGCCGAGUCGUACAACCCACCAGAAGAAUAUCUACCCACAGAGGAAGAACGGAAAGCAUGGGAAGAACAAGACCCAGAAGAUCGCGAACGCGACUAUCUCCCGCAAAAGUUCCCUUCCCUACGUCUUGUCCCGGCAUACGACCAGUUCAUGAAGGAACGCUUCAACCGACAAUUAGAUCUCUACUUGGCACCUCGCGUCCAGAGAGUCAAACUAAACAUCGACCCUAAUUCACUAAUACCCAAACUACCUAGCCCGAAUAGCUUGAAACCCUUCCCGAAUUACCGAAGUUUGCAAGUGCACCACUCCGGAAAUCGUGUGAGAUGCGUCAGUGUUAGCCCCGACGGAGCAUGGGUUAUCAGCGGAGAUGAGGCAGGAGUGGUUAGCCUUUGGGAGAUCAAUGUCGGCCGCGAAGUCAAGAGAUGGAAAUUCGAGGGCAAAAUUGGCGCUCUUGGUUGGUGUCCUCGAACAGAUGUCAACUAUUUCGCAGUUGGCAUUGAGGAUGCGAUAUCUUUCAUCAUUCCUCCAAACGUGGAUGCAUCCGUAUUGUCUCUUACCCAAUCAGUCCUCGCACCGACGACACUCCCCCCACCAGCGACCACACCCUCCCCGGUGAAAUGGGUCACCCCUCCUUCCAGUUCAUGGUCGCUGGAGACCCCAAUUGUGACUAUCCAUCUGCCAUCGACGUCCGGGACUGCGUCCAAUUUUAGUUGGCAUCGUCGCGGAGACUACCUGGCCAGCGUUUCUACUGGAGGAAGUGUAUGGAUUCAUCAAGUUACACGCCGGCAUUCGCAAGCACCCUUCAAGAAAAUCAAGGGCGCUGUUCAGGCUGUUCUUUUCCACCCCUUGAAGCCUCAUUUCUUUGUCGCUACACAGCAAUAUGUUCGGAUAUACAACCUUUCCGAACAAAAAUUAGUGAAGACAUUGUUACCUGGUAUUCGUUGGAUAUCUUCCAUGGAUGUGCAUCCGUCUGGAGAUCAUCUUAUAGUUGGCGGAUACGACAGGAAACUCUGCUGGUUUGACCUAGAGCUAAGUGACAAGCCGUACAAAGUUUUACGCUAUCACUCACGCGCUAUCCGUUCAUUGCAGUUUCACCCUACAUAUCCCCUCUUCGCCUCCUCCUCCGAUGACGGCUCCAUACAGGUCUUCCAUUCACGCAUUUACAGCGACCUAAUGACAGACCCACUCAUUGUCCCCUUGAAAAUUCUGCGAGGACACUAUGUGGUGGACGGCCUAGGAGUUCUCCAGGUCAAGUGGUGCGGCAAACACCCUUGGCUGGUUAGCAGUGGCGCAGAUGGUAGCGUCGCUGUUUGGUGUAGCUAG